AGACAGUGACAAAACCUGGACAAGCAACAGAAGAUGUCGUCCUAUUUGGCUCAGGAAGUUCAUCUGGCUAGGAGACACGAGGAGAUACUGUCUCAGAGAUCAGCGCUGCUACAGCAGAUGGAGACUUAUCUAGGAGACAAAAAGACUAAAAAGACAUGGCAAACUCAAGCAGCUGAUGCAGCUCGUAGAAGGAAUGCAGCACUUUUAAAUGACAUAGAAGCAGCAGAAAAAAAGCUGCAAGAAAGAAUGUAUUUACUUCCACAUCCCGAUACUGUUAAGCUAGAAACUCUCUAUUGGGCUUCAGUAAAAGACUCUCUUCCCAAUUGGGAAGAGUUUCUUUUAGGAAGAGCAGAAUAUCCCAUUGGUUUUAAGAAACUGAAAACUACAAAGCAGAACAACAUAAGCUACCCAGAAGAAGAUUCACAAAAACAAAUACUCUGAUUUUGUUUUGUAACUCUGGUUUGAGCAGACAAUAUCAUCCAGGUUAUAGAAUGUAAUAUUAUGCCAUUAAAUGGUAAUGUAAAUUGUUUGAGAUGAAAAUGAACUGUACUGGGUAAUUUGUUUCUGUUGUCUCCGCGUGUAAAACUUCAGUUUGAAUGGUGGCGUCUGCUUUUGGAGAGCUUAAACUAGAAUUCCUCACAAUGAGAGAAGCAGUGCUGCUGAAGGGGGCUUUUUGGACCAAAAGUCAAAUCACCCACCAAGGUGAUCACUGCUUCAAUAUAAGAAGAGUCUUAGGUUAUUUGCAAUCCUCUGCUUUUCUGUGUAAGUGUGAUAACUAAAGGUAUAUUCAUACAUAAUCUUUCUACACUGUAUUCAUCUCUGUUGCAUGGAUGUCUGUGGAUGAAGCAGAAAGGAAGAAUUUGCCAUUAGUGGGAAGGGCAGGCACUUUGCAUCAGUCCUGAUUCAGCAGCAGUGAUCUGUGUGGAAACAUUCAUGAUAGCGGAUGUGGGGAGAACACCUUGAAUUUGCAUAUCUUGCUUUCCCUGAUUGUUGUUGUUUUUGGCAUUGCCACUUCUAUUGCUUCUGCACCUCUCUCCUUUAACUGCUGCUGCUUUUCCCAGCCUCGUGCUAUCUAACGUGUGAGUAAAGACAAGAAAAUACAAACAAAUCCUUAGGAACUUUCUGCUGCUCCUAGGCUUAAUGCUAUUUUCUUUAUGGUGGCAUCCUAUAAGUGAGAUCUUUAACUUAAGCAUGAGGAGUUUGAUAGGAGCAAGCAGGAAGGUUGCCUGCAGCAGCUGUCAUACAACCAAACACACAGAAGCUGCAGAGAUUCUUUCUCAGCCACUGAGCUGUUCCUCCACAUCUUCUUUCAGAGUUCAUUGGAAAAGGCUUCUAGAUUUGUGACUUGGCCUGAAGAAAUUUCACCCUUCCUAUGUGAAGGAUGCUUUAAAGAAAGGAAGGGAGAACCUGGGCUGGAGUCGAUAUAUUGCUAAAAUUUAAUCUUAUAUGCUGCAAUGUUCUUCUGACUGGGACAACAACAGCCCCUGAUCUGAAACAGGAAUAAAAGAAGUUGACUUCUGCCAGAGCCUGGGGAUUUGGAAAAAUUGUAAUUACUAAUUUUUGCUGAUCUGUUAAUGAACUGAUCAAUGCAUCUCCGUGUUACUUAGAGAUACAAAUAUUUUUUGUGCUAGACUAGGGAAGUACUUUUAUUGAAACUCGGUUUCUAGCAGCAUUAUUGAUAAAUACGUGAAUUGGCUCAGACCUGUGGACUGAAGAACACGUGUUCUGUCCAUUAAACAUAGCUCAGAUAUUCACAGGUUGAUGAGCUGUUGGUGGGGAGUUUGUAGUUCAGUCUGAACUAGAGAAUGGACUUCUGGCUGGGAGCUCUAGGAAGCCUGGCUGAACCUGAAGGACCAGUAUCCAUGAGUGCUCCUUCCUGAAAUUAGGCAGUCAGUUUUGUCUGGAUUUCAAUUAGUCGAAGUAUCAUUUGCACACAGGAGGAAAAAAAAAAAGAGUAAAACUUCAGUUUUGAAGAUGUUGUAUAUUUUCAGUGGGAAUGCUAGGAGUUCAUUUAAAACUUUUUCUUUUAAAGUGUCCAUUAAACUGAUAAGUUUUUACAGAAACUGCCAUCUUAGAAAUAUCCUGUUGAGUGGGUGUUGGUGUUUGUAACAAUAACGUUGUUUUCAUAAUAUGUGAUGGCAGAUUAGCACGCUUCUCUGCAGUGUUGUUAACAGUUGUAAUUAAGGAAUAAACAGUAAAGGGUGUCAGUCCGAUGACAAUUUCAUCUAUAGUGUCACAAUACAAAAUGUCACAAAAUAUUAGAACUGUUAUAUAACUACAAAAAUAUCAAAUUAGGCUUUCAUCUUACUAGCAGAGAGCUUAAAAAAACCUGGCAGAGAGACCAUUGCAAUUUUAUACCUACUCAGUGUUCUGUCACAAAGACAACUUGGUAAUAUUUUCUUCUGUGAGAUCUCAACGUGGUUCUCAGUCUGAUUUGGUGGGAAUGUGUGUGGAUCUUCGAAUCAUUGAGCUCCAAUUUAAAAACGCAAAUAAUUGGAAUCAGUUGAACAUACAGGAGGGGAAAAGCAAUUACAUGCAGUGCCCCUCUCCCACAAAAGGGGUGGGCGAGCUGUUGCUAACAAAGGCUAGGGCUCAUCCCGGUGUUUGCAUGGAAAGGGAAAUCGCUUAAACUAAAAUCUGGGCCCCUAAGAACUUUAUACGUGUGAAUAAUCUGGGUCUUUAUCUCUUUGGACUCCGCCUAAACGCUGGGACACAAUGCAGAUGCUCACCAUUUCCUUGCUGCUUUUGGUUUCUGGUGGAAGGCAGGCAGCGUGUGCUGUGAGGAAAGAGCAGCCGGAGAGAAAAGGGCUCUGUGCCGUUGUUUAACUGCUGUAAAAAUAAAGACAAAAGCAAUUCCCUUGGUAACAAACAUAGUUUGAACUGUCAGGUAUUAUUAGAUACUUCAUUAGAUACUUGGAUGCUGUCUUUCUGAUUUUUUUUUCCCCGUCUUUUAUCAGGCUGAGAGGUGAACAUUAAAAUUUGUCAUCUUUUCAGAAAAGGAAAUUACAUUUUUUUCUGUGCUGUAGCUUCAGGACAGCUAGCAGAUAGAAUGUUAUAUAGGAACAGGUCCAGAAAAUUGAUUAGAAUAAAAAUAGAGAGGAAACUUUUAAAGUAGGAAUGUGUGUAGGCAUCUUCUCUGGCUGACAGGGGCCUUUUUGUUGGCCUGUGGUCUGGAAGGUGGAAAUGCAGUCGUGUAUGAGCUAAACAGCAAAGCAAUAGGUGCAAGGAGGCACGUAGCAGGGCUGCUAGGGUAGAAGGCAGGUGUGUCCUGAUGUGUCACAGAGCUUGGGGCAAGCAGUGGCAGAGCACAUGACAUUAUGGUAUCUCUUGUUAUACCUGGUGCCAUUUCUGUGUGGCUGAGCUGGCUUGCCACCUGCCUUUGGGUAGAUCCACAUUGGGAAAGCACUCCUGUAAUAGCUUAAGUGUAUUUAGAUAAAAACCAAAACAAAAACUAUACAUUGAUCUAUACUGCCAUGAUUUAAUACUGGCAUUAAAUGAGAUCUUGAAUGAGUGAGUAUUCUUCUGUCUCAAUGCCAAUGCUUCAAGAAGAUGAAUUCAGUGUAGUCAUCCCACUGUCUCAUCCCAGGCUUUUUAUCUGUUCUGGGGUAAAGGGCUUUUUUUACUCUGAAAGUAACCUGUUACUCUGCAUUCUUGAUGUGCUGCUUGCCCCUUUGUGCUAAAGCAUAUGUAUGCAUAAGCUACAGUGGUCCUGCUUCUUGCUUCUGCUGCUUUCCCAGUGGGUCAGAGAACACAAGGGAGAGAAAAGCAGGAGAAAAAACAAAUGGUUUUGCCUGUUUGUAAGUUAAUGAUCAAGAAUCUUAUAAGAAGAAACAAUUUUGGGGGUUUGUGGAUGGAUGAGUAAGCACAGGACUAGCCUAGAAGCACAGCCUGCUCACCCAUUUUGUCACCUUUAUCCUCACAUUCCCAAGGAUUUCAUUGUCUCAGCCAUUCUGGCAGUAGGGGCAGUAGCAGAGAGCAUGUAAGUUUUCCCUGGGAUAGGAAGUUUCUUAUUCCACUGAGUCCUUCUCAAGCUUAUUGGUUUCAUUUGAGGGUGUAUAUGAGAUAACAGAAGGGCUUGGAUACAUGAUGCUUGUCGCUGUGGUUCCUCUCGGUUAUAUUUCUGCAGGUCACGUGUUCAUAGAAGUUGGGAGCCAGGCUCUAGGCAGAGCUGAUAAUUCCACCUCUCUAUUUCAUUCACGUUGUGCAGCCAGGGUUAUAGGUGCUCACUUUGAGCUUGCUGAUAGUGAAAAAUAAGGGGAAAAAAAUGGAAUGCAGUUUUAGAGGGUUAUGUCUGAAAGAAAACAUUACUUACUCCAUAAUGUUAAGUUUCAUAAUAUUUUAAUAGUUGUGUUCAGAUACAACUUGACCUUAAAUAUCACCCCAAAUGCAAGCUGUUUUAACAUAUUUGUAAUGCUCAAAUCGUCAUUACUGCAAUAUUCUGUUUCCUUGAGGAUUAUAAUCCACUGAUACAAUAUGAUACAGUUUAAAUAAAGCUUUCAUCUUGUAUUCACA